GGAAGUUUUGUAAUGUUCCAUUGGGUCAAAGGAGUUCCAUUCGACUUUAAUUCCGGAGCUUACGAUGGCCUGACCUUAUGGGAGCAGAUUGAUAAUGGAGCGCAGUUUACACCAGCUAAAAAGUAUUUAACCGCCGUUCCAAUUGGAUUGUUCCUACUUAGUACACAUUACACACACUAUGAUGCGUUCACAUUUUUGAUUAAUUUUACGUUUUUAUUGGUUGUGCUUAUAGCUAAAUUACCACAAUUACAUAAGGAUGGCCUUGGUGACAUGAAAAUAGUGGAUGCUGUCAAUUUCGAGAUAAUUAUCGUGAGAAUUGGACCGAAUAUUCGCAGAUAUUCUGAAAUAUUAUAUGACAAAGAUGUGAAUUCAGAUUUUCUUGAUUAUGGUGUCUAA